GUCACAGCGCAGGACACCGCAUGCAGUUUUUCCUCUCUAAGCAAAGAUCCAUGAUGUCGACGAUGUGUAGUCGACGGACACACAGACACUAACGCUCGGAUUAACGUCGCAUCGGCGAACAACCGACGUGUUCGACCAGCUGAAGGAUGCUGAACCAGGGCACAGAUGGUUAAAAAGCAGGAAGAUCCUGCUCUGUAGAUGUCUGGAAUCUGUCCAUGGCUUCUAAGAAGCAGAGAGGAAUGGUUUUCUGUGAGGAAGGGGGGUUCACACCUGCAGCAGACCACCUACCUGAGUGCUUUGCAGCUCUUAAACCAGGGAGGAGAAAUGAAGGUGGGAAACACAGCACCUGUUUGAUGAAUGAAGAAGCAGGCAUGAUGGGUAGCCCCUACAUGAACCCAUCAGAGGAAGCCAUCAAGGCUACUGUUGGACUUCCUGCUUUGAAGUAUCCAGCAGGUUCAGAUAGCAUUUCACCUGACAGCCUGUCACCUGCCUGUGUCUGCAGAGGCAUCAGAGUGACUCUGGACAACAACAGCAUGUGGAACGAGUUCUUUAAAUGCAGAACAGAGAUGAUUCUGACCAAACAAGGAAGCAGGAUGUUCCCCUAUUGUCGCUUUCGGAUCUCCGGCCUGCAGCCGUCCAGGAAGUACACGUUGAUCAUGGACAUUCAACCUCUGGAUAACAGUCAGUAUGAGUGGACUGGCAGCAGCUGGCAGGUCGCUGGGAAGGCAGAGUCUCAGGUGAAGAGUGCACCAUUUGCCCAUCCAGAGUCUCCUUCGACGGGCCAACACUGGAUGCUGAACCCAGUGUCCUUUUACAAACUGAAGCUCACAAACAACCUGACAGACCAAGAGGGUAACACCAUCCUGCAUCCUAUGCACCGCUACCUGCCCCGUUUGCACAUCUUUCAAACUGACAAGCCUGUUAAAGACAUCAAGCUGAGCGGUCCUGCUGUCUUCACCUUCACUUUCCCUCAGACUGAGUUCAUGGCCGUCACAGCGUACCAGAACUCUCACUUUGCUCAGCUGAAGGUCGACUGUAACCCGUUCGCUAAAGGACUGAAGGAGGACAUCUCAAAGCUAAAAGUGAACUCUAGAAAAGAUUAUAGCAAAGAUGGAGGCACAACAACAAACAAGCUGCAUCCUGUGAAGAAGAGCUUGAAGUCUUUACUGGAAAACCAUAAACUGAGAACCUCAAAAGCAGCGAACUUGAUGCCUUCAGUGUCAUGUGACCUGCAGACUACAAACAGAGAUCAGUCGGCUGCAAAGAUCAGUGGGGAAAGUUCACGUUCUCCUCCAGCUCAGAAGUUAUUUUCUGAGCUGAUUCGUGAGGCUCACGUUUCACUACAAAGAUGCAACCUGGACCAGCUGAGCAACAACAACAUCCAUCACACAACUGAGUGGACCAACACUAAAACAACAACUCUAAAACACAAUGGACAAGAGGGCAGUAAACCUGUCAGAACACACAGUGAAACAUCAGCUGCAAACAAAGAUGGAGCUGUUGUGAGUACCAGGAAAGUGAGGCAAGACCCUGUGAAGUCACUGAACAUCAGUACUGAUUGUCCUGCUACAUCAGCUUCAUCAACUUCAUCAGCGGGCCACUACUUGUCUGUGGACUCGGAGCACCAACGGAACUUGUCUGUGGACUCGGAGCACCAACGGAACUUGUCUGUGGAUUCCGAGCGCCAACAGAACUCUUUUGUGGAAUCAGAGCACCAACAGAAUUCGUCUGUGGACUUAGCGCACACACUGAACUCUUCUGUGGACCAACCAAAGCCUGAAGCUCCGUCAGAAGACCAAGUUAAACAACACAAACGUCCGGCACAGCUGCCUCUUCCAGCUCUAGCUCUGUUUUUAAAGCAGCACUCUACAAAACGUAAAAAAGCAAAGAUCAGGCAGGACUCUCCUCCCCCAGCACUCCCAUCUGAAACUUCUUCUGAACCCAUGACUUUGAAUCCUGCUUCCUCAAAGGACCCCCCUAAAGAUGUAACUCAGUCCAAAAAACAGACGUCCUCAUGUGCUGAUGAAUGUCUUUCACCUGAUGAACCCAGCACUUGGCCUUCCAGUCCAUCAGGUCAGGAAGCUACAGCUGCUUCGAACAGACAAAGAACUGAUUAUAUGUCUAUGUCAGACCCUGAAAUCACCACCCAACAUCAGGCUGAUAGUCCACCUGUGUUAUCCAGCUCAGAUGAGCUUCUUUGUCCCCCUUUGACAUCUUUUUCCCCCAUGAGCUCCUUUUCUCUUAUCCCCUCACCAUCCUCUGACCUGGUGUUACCUGUUGAGAUUUCACACCCAUCAGCCUCCCCCACCAUGAAGUCUGAGUGUCUGCUUCCUGAUCCAGAGUGUUCUUCUUUUGCCUUUGAGCCAUUGUCUCCUACAAGUUCUCCUGAACCAUUACCUUCGCUGCCUGUAUCUAUAACUUUAGAACUCAGCUCUCAGACUUCUGAAUAUGAAUGUGUUCAUCCUGAAGAAGAAUCAGCUGAAUCAGUGUUUAAAUGGCAUACAGUUUUACCUCCACCUGAGCCUAACGUCCACUCUUCAUUCACAACAUUUCAGUCCACGCCACACACUCUUCCUUUAGCCUCUGUUCCAUCUCCUGUGCUGCCUUCAGAGACUGCCUCCCUCCCUGAACCACAGUCUUUGGACCCAUCCACAUCGCCCCCUGAGAUGUUUCAGGUAAACGAACAGUCACUACCAUUCUCUGCAGAGCUGUCCCCCCUCGCACUCCAGCUGCCACUGUCGCCAACCUUCUCCUCUUUAGACGGAGACCCGUUAUCACCCACGCCAUCACUAGCUGACCUUGUGCACCUUUUCUCCAUGGACGAUGACCUGGGGUUGGGGGUGGAGUUUUCAAACUCAGAGUCGGUGGCUGCAACCUGCCUGCCUUCAAGCACAGUUGAAACAGACCCACAGGAGUCGUCUCAGCCGCUGCAGAUGGUCCAAGCCAACAAACCCUGCAAACGCAGGAAGAAGUGUCGCCGACGAAAGGUCGCUAGGACCCACACGGAUCAGGAGAAAGACAGCUCCACCUACACCUGCAUGCAGGCGAACCUUGAGGAGGUGGAGGAGCAGCUGUUUAUCUCCUUCACAUCAAAGGAGGCCCUCAAACUUCACAUUGUGGACUCUUUAAAAGUAUCAGACCCUGAGGCUCAGAGAACACAUGAAGGUCACCUGCAGACACCUGAAGGUCACCUGCAGACACCGGAGGACUCACCUGAGCACGACAGCUUGGAGAAAAAGAUUGCUGCCUUCCAGAAGAUCCUCCUGAGAGACCUGAAACUGAUGAGACACAGACAGGUGAUCCAUCCUGUGCUGCAGGAAGUGGGUCUGAAGAUGAACCUGCUGGAUCCCACUCAGGCCAUAGACCUGCAGUACUUGGGGGUCCGCCUGCCCCUGUCCCCACCUGGACUCUCUGUGGAUCCCUCAAAUCCAGGUGUUUGUGGUGCGUUCGUGUCCCGGACAGGAAAAACAACAGAUGUGACUCAGAUUAAAGGCUGGAGAGAGAAGUUCAGUCCAUCAGAGGCUCCACCCCCUCCUGCACUACCUGAAGUUGGUCCUGGUCCUGACACACAGAAGAAGAACCUCUCUGCAUUCUGUAGUGACAUGUUGGAUCAGUACCUGGAGAAUGAGGGAAAGCUGAUUGAUCGGCAAGUUGACAGUCUGUCUCAGCAGCAGUCUGACCCUCCGGUCUACCAACUGCCCACCACCAGCACUAGCUACGUCCGGACCCUUGACAGCAUGCUGAAGAAGCAGGUGGCCUCAGACCUGAUAUCUGGAUUCAUUCCCCCCUCCAAGAGACCCAAACUCCCUCCAAAGGAGCCCCGAACCUACCUGAGAGAAACCACCAAGCAGAGAGGUCCAAAAUCACACAAACCAAGACCAGAAUCUGCUCUUACAUCUGGAUCCAGUCCAGCUGAGUCAACCCAUGUCACCAAACUGCCCAUUGUUCCGACCGCAGCUGCCUCCCUUUCUUCAGCAGCCCCCCCUAUAUCAGAACCCUUGGCCCCAAUCAACAAACCUAAGAAACAGAGACACAUUCUGAGAGUCCCAUUUGCAUCAGGACAGCCAUCAAAGGUAAAGGAGAGGAGGAAGCUUAAACCCAGGACCAUGUCCCAGACCCUAAUCCACCCCAGCAUUACCAAUGUCGUCUCAGAAGACUUGGCUCCACUGGAUUCAGACCCAGAACAGGGGAAUAAGACUCAUAGCGUUCCUGUGGUGACAAGGGGUCUGCUGAGACAGAAGGACCUGGAGGAUGGAGGGGUCUGGGAAGGAAAACCCAGAACCAGAAUCACAGAAGAGAGGGCUGCCGUUGCUCUGACAUCACUGUUCACUCUGAAGGGCUUUGUCAUCGAAAAUCCGACCACUCCAGUGCAGGUGGUCCGCAGACAGGCCCCUCCCUGCCUAAAUGAGUUCUGCCGGCUGGGCUGUGUGUGCUGCAGCUUGUCUCAUGGCUGCAGGAUCAGUCACUGCGGCCGGCCCGCCUGCAUGCUGGGCUGCAGCUGCCUCAAACAGAAGGUGGUUCUCCUCAAGCACCUUGACCCGGACUCAAGCCCCUCCCACCAGGGAAACAGGAAGAGGAGGAGGAGGAGGAUGAAGAUGGCUUAUGUUCUGAAGGAGGCGGACUCGGUUUCCCAGCCUGCCGAACGGGUCCGUACUCUGUGGAAGAGGGAUGGCAGAGACUCAGAUCAAGAUCCGAUUCACGUCCCUAAAGCAGUUCAUCGGCCCUGCCCAUCAGAGAGGACAACAGUUAGCAGCUGUGCCAGGGUCAGAGGUUAUUUCCCGAAGAGGCGGAGCCAAAAAGUGAAGGACACACCUGAGGACAAAAAAUCUAAGGACGGUCGUUUGAAACGUGUGAAAUUGAAGGACCCUCGGAGCUCCACAUCCUCAGCAGCACUUGGACCAGAUCAGGUUGUUUCCUCAGUCCAAUCUCCUAGUUCUUGUAUCGAGUUAACCCCGAAGCCGUCCAAGCGUCUGAUCAUCCUGACGGAGGGUAAGUGGGGCAGCGCCGCCGACAGGAGCAUGGUGUUAAAGCACCUGUGUGAGCGAAUGGCUCAGGACCAACUCAACCAAUCGUUCUGCCUUGGGGGGUACCGCAUAACUCCCAUCAGCCAGACUGCUGAGGGGGACGGGGCUGACAGCUGCAUACAGUACAGAGUCCACAUCUCCAUACCAGAACCAGAAAAACCAGCACAACAAGCACCUAACACAGACCAACAACAGGAACACAUGAAACAGGUUUUCAGGGAGGCGGAGCCUCCUGAAGAAUGGCAGAGAGAGGUGGAAGCGGAAGAGGCUGAGCCUCCUGAAGAUUGGCAGAGAGAGGUGGAGGAGGAAGAGGCGGAGCCUAGUGAAGACUGGCAGAGAGAGGUGGAGGAGGAAGAGCCUAGUGAAGACUGGCAGAGAGAGGUGGAGGAGGACGAGGCAGAGCCUCCUGAAGAUUGGCAGAGAGCGUUGGAGGAGGAAGAGGCGGAGCCUAGCAAAAAUGACCAAACAAAGGAUGUCAGUGAGGAGAAGGCAGCAUCAACUUAUCACCAGGUGCACGAUGCAAACCACAGAGAAGAACAGGACAUGAGAUCAGAGAAGAAGAAGAGGAUCAGUUUGGGUCUGCCAUUCCUCACAGGAGUCUCACCUGCUGGCUUCCUGAUGACCAGGAGGAAGCAGCCAGGAGGAACAGACCACCUGGUCCAGGUGAAUGGGAAACUCUAUCCUCUGGCUAAGAUCCAGUUGGGACAGAUGGGGGCGCUUCAUCCUGCGAACAGAUUGGCAGCUUACUUGACGGGGCGGGUGGGGUCAAACAGGAAGCAGCAUGGCUCCUCCGCUGAACCUCACCAGAGCCGAAGUCCUGGAACGCCCCACCAUAAUGCUUCCUCCUCUUCUCCUGUGGUCGGCAUUCCUCUACCCAAACCUCAGCCGUCAGUCCCAAUUCUCUCCAUCCAGACCCCACCAACAGAGUCUCAUCUGCCAGUCUUCCUCCACCAAUCAGCUGCCUUGUCUAACCAGCCAACACUUGAGGGGACAGGGUCUCGGGUAGUGACAAUGAUGUUGUACCCAAAUAGGACAGGAAAGACCAACCAGGUCACAGUGGUACCUGCAGCAUCUUCUAGCUCCGCCCAUCUACCAGGUCCAAACCCGGCUCUGAAGGUCUCUCAGGUGUGGAUGGUCCCAGCCACGGGUCCUCUUCAGGGUCCUGUUCGGGGUCCGUCACCAACCUCCACUGGUCAGAGGAUGAUACUGAAGCCAGUUCAGACCACAUCAGGGUUACAAUUCUACCGCAGACCUGACGGGAAACUUGUCCAACUGGUCCCCCUCAGCCAGCUGAGACCAGUCCCCAAGAUCCAGGAAAAGAACAAGAUCCAGGACCAGAAAAAGAUCCAGGACCAGACCUGUUCUGUGCAGAAAGUCCUCCAGCCUGCUUACUGUCAGACCUCAGACCCCCAAUCCCUGCCCCUCCUCCCUGCCCCAACCCAGCCCCCCUCUGCUGUCUUGGCUCAAAGGGAGACUUGUAAAUUUAAAGUCUUCCCCACUGACCACACAAAGGAACCAAUGAUUGUCACCUGUGUGAAAGUCCCGCUCCCUCCCCCAACCAAGAUGGCCGCCUCCUCCCCACUCCUCCCCAAGGCCUCUGUGAAUCUUCUCUCCCUCAGUCCAGAUAAAGGUGAGGGGGCAAGCUUGGGUGUGAAGACUGUGACAACGGCCCCUUGUGGGGUUGUAGUCCAUCAGAAACCUCAUACCAUAAUCCAGACCACUAGUAGAUCCCAGUCCAACCCUCAAGGGUCAGAGGUCUCUCUAUCCCCACCUCAACCCCCAGCCCACAGGACCGGACCUGAGCCAGAGCCGUGUAGCAACCUAAGGGACCUGGACAUGAUGUGUGUGGAGACUGAGGUGGUUGCUGCCGGGACAGUUGUUGGAGACAAGCAGCAAUCAGAGACGUUGGAAACUGAGGAGACGGAGAACUCGUCAGACUUUGAGGAGGAAACGGACGAAGAAAGAGAUUCAGUCAAAUCUCAGCCUGACAACAUACGUCACAACAUGUUGGAGAAGCAGCGUAGAGUGAAGAUGAUGAAGCUGUUUAAAAAUCUGAGGAGAGAAUUGGGACAGGAAGAGAAGACACCAAAGAUCCACAUCCUGAAAAAGGCGAUGGAGGCGAUCCAAGAGCUGAGGACUGCACAAACAAAUCUUACAGGGAUAAAGAGGUUGCUGAUGAAGAGGAGGGACCACUAUCUCAGCAUCAUCGCUCCCCCCACAGGAAGUAAACACAAGGAGGUGAUCGAGGAGGCGGGGCUUCAGUCGGACAAGAUGUAUGAGCUGACAGACAACUCGUCUGAUGAGGAGAAAGUCAUCGCCUUGACGACAAAUGUGAUGGAUUCUCAGGUGGAACAUGAUGUUCAAAGUGUCACCAUGGGGAUGAUGGAUGAGAUUGGUCAGCUGAGUGAUGCCCAGAGGAGUCUGUCGAGCAUCAUGGAGGACCUGGACUCAAAAGACGCUUUGAGUGCAAAGAAGUUGCUGCAAGAUCAAAGAGUCAACACCGCCUUCAAAGCUCUCCAGUCCGUGAUGAAUGACAAAAACUCUGCAAGGACACACCUGUUAAAACAGGCUUGUCGGGAGAUUCAGACGCUGCAGUGUGAGAUGAAACUACUGAAAAGUCUGAAGAGCUGUCUGAGACAGCAGAGAGACGCCUACAUGAAGAAGAUCCAGCAGGGGUCAGGUAAAAGUCAGCAGGGAAUCCUCAGGAAACACCAGUCGUCCAAGAAAGACAAAGCAGCCAAUCAUCUUCAAGAUACAGAAGGGGGUGUGGCUUCCUCAUCAACUGAUGAUGACAUCAUAUUAACUUCCUCCAACCUGCAGCAGCCUUUCAAGGCUCCUCACACGCUGACCCCGCCCACAACUACACCUGUGCAGACACAUUUUUUGAAAAAUCAACCUGUCCUGGCUCCCACUGUUACCCACAAUUCAUCAGGGGUUAAGGACAGGACGAGGACGAUCCCAAACAUCCUGACUCACAGAAGGAAGAUGGUGAAGGGUGAGAUGUUGUUGAUUAUUUAACGAGCUGGGCACAAUGCGGUUAAUCCAUUGAACGCUGCAUAUCUCUGUUAAAGGUUUAAUUCAUUUUGAACGUAGACGUUAGUUUGAAAAAUGAUUCAAUACAUUUUUUUUUUUUUUAUGGUAUUUACGUUGCGUGUGAAGACACGAGGCUGUCAUCAGGUGUGAUGUCGACCACGAUAGGGAGAGAGAGAAAGUCCUGUUUCUACUCAGGCUCUCAUUGGCUACAGUAGCCUAGGAACAGUGAAUGGAAGGCCCUGAUUGGUCCAGUGAGGUGAAAGGUCAGAGUGCAUGAAUAAGUACAGAGAACAGCUGAGAGUUUGGAUCAGUCUAUGGAUCUUUAUGGAUGUGAUUAGUUUAAAUCUUGUUGAGGACCUUUUCUAUUGGAAUAUUCAGACCUGAAGAGAACAGUCAACCUUUAGACGUUAUUUUCAACCACUGAAGCUACAGACCUAUCACAGAUCAGUGGGUGGGAACUCACUCCCAGAAUCGAAACUUAAUGUCCGCCACAUUGCUUGGAGGCUAUGCUAACAGGCUCUAUGGAGAAAGUUGAUAAUGGCGAAAAAAUAUAAAUAUAGCGGCGAGACGGUUGCUACCGACAGGCCGGUCCUGUGUCUUGGCUGCUGCGGCCGCUGGCCCCCGGGGCCACGUGCCGCCGCUGGCUAGCCGCAGCAGCCAAGACACAAAACCAGCCGGUCGGCAGCAACCGUCUUGCCGCUAUGUUGCUAUAUUGCUGGCCGCCACCGGCCGCUGCCAACUCAGCAGCCGAGACAUUAGGUCUGCCUGUCGGCGGCGGUGAGGACGAGGAGCCAGGGCCGGCUCGAGCUGGGGCGGACCGGUGGUGUCGGUGCUCUCACUGUUUGCCUAUGGACACAGACAUAGAGUCUGUUUUCUGCCAGGAAUUUUCAAGAUGCCAAUUCCUUCUGGAUGAAAUCUCGGAAUCAGUUAAGGAAACGGCCUUAUGUGUUGAAUUAAAUAUGUCUGUAAAUAGAGGACCUUAGUGGGAGUGGCCUGCGGUGCUGUGCAUUCUGGGAUUUCAUCCACAUGAGCCAAAAAGACACUUUCUGCCUUUUCUCUGCCAAGAAGGCACUUUAAUUCACAUUUCUACUACAUAUAUGACCCAAUGUCAAUACAGAUUCAUGUUUCAACGGGUGAAGUAUCCCUUUAAGAGCGGUGAAUGAGGCACAAUGCAUCACAAAGACGUGUUUGUUUGUCAGUGGUCUGACAGAUGUGUAGAUUGUGGUUGCUAUGGUUUACACGGUCGUGAUCACGAGAACCUUAACUUUCUAACGAUGUAUCACGAGUGAUGAACACAGAGCAGCUGAGUUAAAGAAGGUGAUGAUGAGAGACGGGUCAAACACGUUUCUAUUAUUCAUAGAUUUUGUUUCGAGUUCAUCACAGCGCCUGACUUUGUAAAAAUCUGAUGUUUUUUAAAUUUAUAAUUGGUAAACGUUACCUUUAACCUUCCUUAAAUGUUAAUGAAAUGUACUCGUAUGUAAGUUAAUGUUUUUGUUGGAGGGUUAAUUCGUGAUGACCUGUGUAAUUUAAAGUUUGUUCACAGAGACUGAAAUCAAAUCAUGUGACAUUUUGUAGGGUAGUUUUGUAAUGUAUGGAGGUAAACAGGUUAGUUGCUGGUUAAUUGAUUAAUUAUUGAUCUGUAGAAUAUUCUGGACGAUCAUAACAACAGAAUGGGAUCUAUCGUCUACUUCCCGUCUAUGUUUGUCCUUCCAGAGCUGCCGCUCUUUCAGGCUCUAGUUCCCACUGAGGUUCUUUCCCUGGCAGGGGCCUUGUUGCCGGGGCAACCAGUCCUGACUAUGACCCCGGUGAUGUCAGGGCCUUCUGUGCUGCAGACGUCUGCUUCAGCCGGCGUGGCCUCAGUGACCCUCAGCAUCCCAGGUCUGACCAAUCAGCAGAUCCACAUAACCUCACUGCCCCAACCACAAACUGCUCAAAACAUCAACAACCAGCUGCAACUGGUUCAACCAACAAAACAACAAGAACAACUAAUGACCCGUAACACAGACCAACAACCAACCACCCAUGAACAACUAGUGAUACAACAGCAACCAGAGACACAGCAACAACAGCAACCAGUGUCACAACAACAACAGCAACCAGUGACACAGCAACCAGUGUCACAGCAACAACAGCAACCACAACAACAACAACAACAGCAACCAGUGACACAGCCACCACCAGUGAACUGUCAACAGACUCCACAGGUCAGUCCUGGCGAGUCCUCCUUUCGGGGUCUUGGGUUAGAGGAUUCAGUGGGCGUGUCUAUCAGAGGCGGGGCUGACUGCCUUACAUCGCUCCUCGACGAGAUUGUCUUCCUCAACCAGCAGAACUCCAACAAGGAGACUGAAGUGGGGGUACUAUUUCCAGGGAAACAAUUCUUUGAGGUGGGGCUGCAGGAGGAGAGUAGCACUGUGGGCGAAGUCUCAGAGCAGGGCGGGGCCUCAGAGCCAGGCGGCGCCUCGGAGCAGGGGAGCCCAUGGCUCCUGCGGCUGGAUUCUGACUCUGAGGACACAGUUACCACGGAGACAGUACAGACAGAGACCACUACGGGCCAAUCACAGCCUAGUCCUGUUGUCCUGACUCCGCCACCCCUGCUGCAGAUGAAGGUGGGCGGGGCAACAGAGGCAGACCUCUCCAGCAUUGAUGGAGCAGCAGUAGUGGGAGAGGAGACGAGGAGGGAUGGAGGCAUGACCUGGAGGCCGAUGCCGAGGUUGGUCCCUCUGGGCCUGAGAGGACACGCCUCUAGCUGACAUCACGCAGUUUUAGUCCGCCAUGACACUCCACUGAAAUGCUAAAAAUGUAUUAGCAUUGAUAAGAGCAACCAGAUGAACAACCAAUCAGAUCAACAAGCAACCAGCUCUAAUUUCUGUAAAAUCAGUAGAGCGAGAGAGAGAGAGAGAGAGAGAGAGCUUUAAUGAACAUGAAGCUGCAGAAAUCUUCAACAUUAAAGUUUGAUGACUGUAAAUAAAACAGUGACUAACCUGUACCUGCUCAGUGUUGGCUGCAUUCUGUUGUUUAGUUAAACUGUUUAAAGUAUGUACAGUGUACAGGUGUUUAGUUCUUUUUUUACGUGUACUUUUUACAGUGUUGGAGGAGAAAACGAUGCCUCAGAAACAAAAAUAAAGUAUAAAUAUGAACAA